AUGCCGUCCUACGCUAUUACUGGGGCCUCCAGGGGUAUUGGAUGGGAGUUACUUCGCCAGCUGUCCAACGAUUCGAACAAUACUGUCAUCGGGAUCGUUCGCAACAAGUCUGCCACUCAGGAGAAGGCGAAGGAAGAUUUGCCGGAGCGCACCAACAUCCACAUUGUGCAGGCCGACAUCACCGAUUAUACUGCUUUGAAGGCUGUGGCGGCAGAGACUGCAACGAUCACUGGCGGCGGGCUUGAUUAUCUCAUCGCCAACGCUGGGCUGGUAUCUAAAUUUGAUGCGUACGAUCCGAUCGGGGUUCUUGGCCAACAGCCCGAAGCCCUGGAGGAGAGUCUCAACGCGUGCAUCAAAAUCAACGUUACCAGUAAUAUUCACUUGUUCAACUUGUUCAUGCCCUUGAUUCUGAAGGGAGAGGCCAAAAAGAUUAUUGCCAUUUCCAGUGGUCAUGCCUCCCUUGAUGCCAUCUCUGUCUUGGGGAUUGAUGUCGCCCCUCUCUAUUCCAUCAGUAAGGCGGCUCUGAACGCGGCCGUCGCCAAAUUCAGCGCGCAGUAUGCCAAGGAUGGCGUCCUUUUCAUGAGCAUUUGUCCCGGAAUGGUUGAUACGGGUCACUUCGACGACGCAACUGAAGAGCAGAAGAAGGGCUUGGCAGGAAUGCUGGGUGCAUUCGCCCGGUAUGCACCCGACUUCAAAGGCCCCAGCCCACCGGAGGCUGCGGUAAAAGACGUUAUCUCGGUGAUGGAAAGGGCAAGCGUCGAGGGCGGCGAUGGCGGUUCCUUCGUGUCGCAUUUUGGCAACCAACAGUGGCUGUAG